UGUUUUUCUAAAAGUUAAUUUUUUUCAUUAAAACUUCUAUCUUUUUUUUUUUGCAUUAAAUUUUAAAAAAUCGAUACAUUGCCAUUUAUAACCUUUUCUCAACUGUAAAUUCUGUACGUAGUCAAAAAUGUUGUCAGUGUUUUAUUUGUUAUGUGUUUAAGAUAAAAUUCCCUCACAUUAUUUUUAUUGCAGCAAAAUGUCAUUACUGGACUCAGAAAGCAGCUGGUUUUGUUAUUCAUUUAUUUGUUUCUGUAAUAUUGAUUAUAAAUAUUAUGACAUUUGGUACUUGCUGUCCGUGUAUCGAUACAAAAAAAUGGCACAUAAAAUAUCGCGAUGCCAUGUAUCGAUUUUCCCCCGCCGCUAUAAGAUCAUGGGUUGUCUGUUUUUAUGACUGCAAACCCGACUUUAAAGAGAGUGAGACCUCUUUUAUGUUUUCCAACAGAGACGAUCUUUGGCCCAUGAGUCCGCCUCUGUGUGCCUUCCCCCCCACAUCCGGGAAAAUAAUGACAACAAUAAUAGUUUUUUUGUUUGUUUGUCUGUUUAAGUUGUGAAAUUAAACGCAGAGCAAACACUAUAAGAAUCUCAUACUGAGAAGUUUCUGCGCUUAUAAAUAUAUUUCAUUUAAAAACAAACACAUCGUCCUUCAGUUCCGAGCCGCCUCGUUCCUACCCGGUCACUUUCCGCGGACGCACCGAGGCAACAUGACAGCGGCGGAUGAAAACACGAGUGUGAAUGUUGACAACACGAGUGUGAAUGUUGACAACACGAGUGUGAAUGUUGCAGGAGGAGCAGGAAGUAGCGAGGAGGCCAAAGCGCAGGUGUUAAAAGGUGCAGCGUUUCUGACCACGGUGGCGUCCGCCGGGAUGAUCGCAGGAUUUGGCUCCACGUUGGCGCUGGCCAAGAAGAAAAGCCCAAACUGGUUCAGUAAGGGGGUCGUGGCGACCGCGGCGGCCCCUGAGAGCGGGGCCUCUCUGGCCCUCAGAGCUCUGGGGUGGGGCUCUCUGUACGCCUGGUGCGGCGUCGGUCUGCUCAGCGUCACCGUGUGGAAAGUCCUCGGCGUUCACAGCUUAUCCGAGUUCAGACAGAAGAUGCAGUCCUUCUUCCCGUCCAUCCCAAAGACCGCCGAGUCUGCAGCCGGACCUGAACCUGUGGACUGGGACUCGCUCUUCAAGUCAAAGUGACCUCCUGCAGCCGGACCUGAACCUGUGGACCGGGACUCGCUCUUCAAGUCAGAGUGACCUCCUGCAGCCGGACCUGAACCUGUGGACCGGGACUCGCUCUUCAAGUCAAAGUGACCUCCUGCAGCCGGACCUGAACCUGUGGACCGGGACUCGCUCUUCAAGUCCAUGAUGUGCAACUAGAGGACGAAUCAAGCGAGUGACAUUAAUGUGAAAGCAGCAGAACAUUUAAAAACGCUGAAUUCUCUGUUGGGAUGAAGAACAGCUGAUGAGCUGAGACGCUGAACAUACUCGCCUCAAAAGUCAAACUAUGGAGGCAGAUUUCAUAAUUUAAUAAUUUAAUAUCUGACUGAAGAGAGGACGUCCUGCUGAGUCUCUCGGUCUGUGGAGUUAAAAUAAAAUGCAGAAACUCAGCCAUUCAGUUGUCCUGUUACAUUUUACAAUCCUUAUUUAGAUCGUCAUCACUGACAAGAGUUAUUCUAAAAUACGUUACAAUGUAACUGUCGAAAAACUGUUAGCAUGGUAACGUUAGCCGUGCUUUCACAGCUAACAUGCUAAUGGUUGCUAAGCGCCCUUAGCCUGAAAAACUAUGGGGCAGGCCGAGGGUCAUAAUUAUAGAAUGUGUGUGCGUUAAUCGUGCGUCAAAAUAAACAAGUGGCAUUAAAAUGAAUAUGCAUUAACGUGUUAUUAACGCAUAAACCUUUGAAGAAAUCAAGCCAAUUUGUUUCAACCUUAAACUGGUACUCUUACUUCUAGCUUUCAGUUUGGGGAAGCUCACCAUGUUUUUGGGCCAGCUCCUCUGCAGUCUCUUUGAGUUUUCUCGAGAGCUCGUCAUUGUCUCUGCUGAGAUCCAGGAAUUCGGGGUUCAGUUGGUGGAUCUGCUUCUCCAACUGGUUCACAUUAUCCAUGUUCUGGAUCUGCUGCGUUUCCCAGCUUUGUGUUUUCUCUGCAAGAGUCCGUCUGAAUGUCUUGUCCGGUUUCUUCUCCUUGUCCUCCAUCGCUCUCUUUUUUGCCUCAUUAUCAGCCAUUAUCAGGUUUUUCUUGAAAUUCUCCUCCAGAGCAGUAUUUUUAGCCUGCCAGGCAUCUUCGCUCUGUAGGAGAGCAGCAUCUUUGCUGAUCAGCUCCUUUGUGGUCUCUUGUGAGUUUG